CUCUUUAUGUCCAGAUUUCGCAGCUUGAUAGCAGCUUUCAUCUCCUAAAUCUACUGUACCAACCAACUUUGAAUGCUUGAAAUUCAUACAGAUGAGUAGCCAUGAUGGAGGAAGUGCGGAGGUCACAAUCGCUCGAUACGUUGUUCAAAGCUCUGAUGUCUUGUCAGACAUGAAAGUAAACGUCCUUGAGGAAGGCUCGGAUAAAGUACUUUGGUACAAGGAAAGAUUCUUGGCAGAAGACGAGAUCGUUGAACACAUUGUGGAUAAUGCAUCCUCAACGCUUCUCUGGACAAUUCACCGCCCUGAUCGUGGCUGGUAUAUUCGACUUCGUGCACCAUCCUUCCCGCCAGGUGUAUUCAUUCCUCUAUCGGGCCUUCCACAAUCUUCGCCUUACUACACAGAUUCCGCUCUGACCUUUGCAUGUCGUACCGGCUCACCCUCAUCGCAUAGCGUCGGAACCAACGCGUCCGCUUCGAGUUCGAAGCAAUCAGUGGAUUCUGACGCUACAUUGACGGAACGUGACGCUCAAAAGGAGCAACAUUCCUACCCCCCAACACCAUCCGUUACUUCGCCUACAAUUCGACCCAUCUCCCUUCAAGCCAUCGAAGCUAGACUGCAACAGCUUCCCUCGCCCUCGCCCUCGGUAUCGUUCCCACGACCACGACCUACAUCUCAGUUCGUCACAGGAAGUAUUACGCAUUUCCUUAUCACACCUCACAGCACUCCACACGUACCCGCACAUGCUCAGAAGACAUCCUUCUUCACCCGAUUAGUGUCCACAAUAAAAAGCCAUGCUCCUACGCAGUCGUAUUCCUUCACCAUCUCACCCAUGCCCCCUCCGCUUCCGACAAAUUCGCCGGAGAACGCUCAUGCGCCUAUUACGACGCCAGUUCCAGUGUUAUCGUUUCACGACCAAACGCCUGUAUGGACUGCUAGGUCAAUCACCGGUGUCAUCGAACUAGACACCGCUCUUGCAAGGUCGCUCGGGGUCGAACCGAGCUUCUACAUUGCCUGUGCUUUGACUUAUCUAGAGUUUCUUUCUGAGAGAGAGGGCUAUUUGGCUGCUUCUACGGAUUGAGCGAAUAGAUCGCGGCGUGGAGUUGGGACAGCCGGGAAGUAUCUAUUGCUGUAUUUGUUUUCCUUUUUUGGUCACAUACAUCGGACGGGUUAUUUGUAGGGUAAUGGCUGUAAACAUCUGUUGCUUUCAAAGCCGCU